UUUCAGGAAACUAUCUUCAAUAAAUUUAAAAUGCAUUCUGAAAAUGAGAAGUAUACUGGAGAUGGAAAUAGUAAUGAGAUUGUUGCAUCCAGCCAGGGUCAUGAAUCUGAAGACAAACACAAGGCAAAGAAGAAGCAGAAGAAAGGGGAAAAACCUAAGGUGGUCAGCCCUUUCACACUGUUUCGAUACUCCAGCUGGUCAGAUAAAUUAUUAAUGAUACUAGGCACUCUGCUGGCAGUAGCCCAUGGAAGCAGUCUCCCUUUUGCGAUGAUAAUUUUUGGUGAUAUGACUGAUAGCUUUGUUGCAUCUGGAGACAAAAAUUUUACAGGAAACACUUCAUUGAAUUUCACUUCAGAUAUGCUUGACAAGCUGGAAGAAGAUAUGACAAGAUAUGCAUACUACUAUUCUGGAAUAGCAGCUGGUGUUCUUCUUGCUGCUUAUAUUCAGACUUCAUUCUGGACCUUAGCAGCAGGUCGGCAAAUAAAGAAAAUUAGAGAAAAAUUUUUUCAUGCAAUUAUGAGACAGGAAAUUGGAUGGUUUGAUGUAAAUGAUGUGGGAGAACUUAACACUCGUCUUCUAGAGUAA